CGCGGAGGACCAUAGUCGGCUCAAUCGCAGCCAGGCCAGCACAAACAUUCUUGUAGUGUCGACAUAGUAGGCUCAGUCUAGCUUAUCAAACCCUCUCGGUGCGGAUUCCGUUUGUUAACCCUCGGUACCAGGAUCUUCGCUCCGGUCUGAACAGUUCUGACGUCUUCUAUUGGUUCGUCGCAGCCAAAGAGCCGGGAUGAAGACGCAUAAAACUUGCGUUCUAGUAAUUUAUUUCGCCUGUUUGAUAUCACCGCUAUUAGCAGCCGCUAAGCAUGAAGCGUUGGAAGAAACCGUCACCGAGACGCUCCAAGAAUCAGACAAUGUCACUAUCCACGUCAAGCCCAGACAUCACAGCCAUACGAUCAUCAUCAAUGGUACUGAAGUCAAGUGUGGGCCUGCCGCGAUCGAGGAAUUCCCGCGACCGAUGGUCAAUGCUGAAAUGCGCGCCAAAGGAGGCGUCAUAGUUCACAUCGCGACGGCCACCACCAUGGUCCUCAUCAUCUCUGUGCUCUGCAAGGAGUACUUCGUACCGGCGCUCCACGUCCUCAUUAAUUAUCUGGAAAUCGAUCCCGAUGUCGCAGGAGGUACUUUCAUGGCAGCGGCCAGUUCCAUUCCCGCGCUGGUUACAUCUGUCAUCGGGGUCAAUGUUGUGGAGAACGAUCUCGGUUUGUCCACGACGCUGGGGUCUGGGGUCCUGAACGCAGCUGGAGUGCUCUCAAUCGCCGCUCUCUUCGCGAAACGUACUGUUGAGAUUCACGCAUGGCCCCUGUAUAGAUCAUCAUUCUUCUUCCUACUCUGCAUGGUGAUCGUUCUGUGUUCGCUCAUGGACAACCAAAUUGACUGGAUUGAAGCAACCAUCUGCCUUGUCUCGUACAUAAUAUACGGUUUGGUGAUGGCCUUCAACAGACCUCUCGAAGCGUGUUUCCAGUAUGUGACCGGAAUUCAAGAUCUGGAAGACCCAAUUCAGGCCAAGGACAACAAUGGAAGCGAAAUCACCACGGUACAGAGUUACACCCAGUAUGGCGAUAACGAGAUGAAGACAUUCAAGGACAACGGCAACAUCAUGUCAAACCUCGACGCCAGUGUCGUUAAGCAGCUCGAAGCCGCGAUGAACGCUCACAACGGAGGCAAUAAUCUCGACGAGCCCAUGAUCGAUCCUAAAGCCUGGGAGAACUUGAAUGUUCCUAGGAAAAUUUUCUUGGUCAUCACGAAGCCAUUCUCUUUCGUUUUGUCGUUCCUGAUCCCCAACUGCAAGAAGCCCGAGUAUGAAAAGUACUACAUGGUUACGUUCUUGCUGUCCGGUGGUUUCAUCGCUGCGUUCUCCUACAUCUUGGUCUGGAUGAUGGCCAUCAUCGGUUACACCUUCGGAAUCCCAGACAGCGUCCUCGGGCUGACUUUCCUGUCGAUUUCGGUUACACUGCCGGAUAUCAUGGCUGCCGUCCUUGUGGUGCGGAAGGGCUACGGAGACAUGGCAGUCUGCUACGUCUUGGGCACGAACAUCUUCGAGGUCUUAGUUGGUCUCGGCUUGCCUUGGUUCCUCCAGACGACCGUCUUCAAGCCAGGGACCACCGUCGAAUUGCAAAGUUCAGGUUUGAUCUACUCGACAGCGUGUGUACUGUUCACUGUUUUCUUGGUACCAGCCUUGACGUACGCCACCCGCUGGAAGAUGAACAAUACCUACGGUGUGGUCCUUCUUCUUUGGUAUCUCAUCUUCAUGGUGAUCUCGUGCAUGUACCAGAUGAAUGUGUUCGACGAUUCCAACCCACCUUCAUGCGGCAGCGACUAUUAGAAACGCUCAGGGAGAGGAGAAACAAUCGUAGGAGUUCAGAAAUCAGCGAAAAGCGUACAAAUGAUUGUCCCGUGAACUGACGCAGAGUUCGCUUGAACAACGACGACGCCGGGUUCGAGCCCCUUCCCCGGCGGCAAUCGAAGGUAUCACACCUUCCACGAGUGUUUUGUGAUGUGUUAGUGUACAUCAUCGCCAACGAAAAAGACAUUCUAGAACCGUGUGUGUGUGCAGAGGAGUUGAACCUGUCCCAAUAGAUCCAAUCACUAAGGAAGUAAAGUGCACGACACUGACGACGAGGGAGACGCACGCGAGGAAAAUAGAUGAGAAACGUCAGACGCCAACCCCAGAGCAUCGUGUAUAGGUCCUCGGACGAGAGUCGAAGUAGUAUUUACGCUUCACUGCGAGACAUUCCGGACGAUCGCGUACUCGCGGCAUCGUGAACUUUCUUGGGAGGGGAGCGCCAGAUCCUGAUGGCCUCGAAGGCUUCGGAGCUGAAGGAGCGCUCUAGAACUGUCCCGGCUCUUUACUGAUAUCCGGUCGCUGGAUAUGGAGUGAAAUGCUGGCUGCUAUUAUUUGCUGUUUGCGGACUGUGUGACUGCGACUUUCGUGCGAAACAUUGUA